AUGCUCAACAAAAACAACCACGCUCAACGAGUGUGCCGCCUGCUGGGCGUCACGCUGCUGCUCCUUGUGCACUGCGCCGGCAGCACACUCGCAGUGACGGAGCACCACCGCUGCAUGUACGAUUAUGUAUCACGCAAAAUGCCUGAUGUUGAGAAGUUGACCAAUCUCAGUUCUGUGAAGCAAUCUGAUUCGACUGGGGGUGCUUCAACCGUGUUCUCAGAAUUCGUAAACAUGGUGGGGGAACAUCAAAGCAUUACCCUUCCGUUGCCUGUGGCGGGAUAUAAGCCCCUGCGCAUCAAGGUGUUUGCGGUUAAGGCAAAUUACUUUCAGGCCUGUAAGAGUGCCUCAGGGGAGUUUACUUCUCCCUAUGGUGACAAGGUGAGUUGCACGCAGGACGACGUCCUGACGGAGGAGAAGAAGAAUAUUCUAGAAAAGACCAUUAUACCCGAGGCUGUCAAGCUGCACACUGAGCGCCUGUACGUGAAGCCAACAGAGUACCGUGUUAUUGCCCCGAACUUCAAGAACACCAACCCCUGCAGUCAGUUGGACAUCCCUGAAGAGCACAAGACCAAAGGUGUUGAUGACGUCGACAUGGUGCUGUACGCCACUACUUCGCUGAUCGUGGCUGACAGCUUUGCGUGGGCGGCGACGUGCGCGGUGCAGGGCGAUGGGCGGCCGGUGAUUGGCGUGAUCAACUACAGCCCGCGCCACAUUGCACGCACGUCGCAGGCCGUCCGCGUCGCCGCACACGAGAUCGCGCACACCCUUGGGUUCAACGUGAAGACCAUGAAGAAACACGUUGGGAAAAAUGUGCCAAGUAUAGUUGCUAACCCCCGCGGAAAGGAUGGCUAUGUCUUUGACGCACCAAACACGAGGCUUGUGACAGAGUAUUUUUACAACUGUUCAAAUUAUAAAAUUCCGCUUGAGAGCGAGGCACCGUGGAUGGCGGAAUUUGAGGGCAGAGCCACAACAACAUCUUCCGCAGCUUCCCCCACCAGCAUUCAAGCUGCAGGUGCCGCGCCAAUGCAGGCUGUGAGUGCUGCUGUUUCUCCGGUGAUCCUCGACUUCACCGGACCAGAGUUUGUUCCCAGGCACAUUCCAACCAUCGACAUGCUGCCACCGCCCCUGGAGCCGCUUAAGGUGAGUGUGUCUUCCCACUGGAAGCGGCGCGUUGCGAAGGACGAGCUGAUGACCGGCCUUGUCGGUGCUGGGCGCUACACGCUGUUGACACUUUCAGCGUUCUCUGAUUUGAAGUUUUAUAUGGUGAACUGGACAAAGGCGGAGACAAUGAGUUGGGGCAAAAAUGCUGGAUGUGAAUUCCUUACGAAUGAGAAGAAGUGCGUUGUCGGCGGAAAAUCACAAUACCCCAGCAUGUUCUGCGAUGAAUCUUUUGGCAAUAAACUGAAGUGCACUUCUGACCGUCAGUCAUUGGGGACGUGCAUCAUUAAAGAGAAUGAAAAUAUCCCUACUGAAUAUAGUUACUUCGAGAAGAACGAGGGUGGCAAGAAGCGUGGCGGCAGGCGAGAGGACAUGAUGGACUACUGCCCCAUCAUUGUGGCUGACAGAGGCUUCAGCUGCAUUAAUGGCAACGAGAGCAACAUGCCUGGGAGUCUGAUUCGCGAGGAUUCGCGGUGCGUGGAGGGCCAGGGUCUGAUGGUGGAGAAGAAGGAGAUUGGUGACGUGUGCGUGCAGAUGAAGUGCACUUCCCGAGGUGUGUACUUCCGCGUGGCCGGCAGCAACAACUGGUACGGCUGCCCUGCGGGUGAAUCACGUAACGUGGCGGAAUUGAGCACCGUGCUGAGUGGCAGUAUUGUGUGCCCAAAUGUGUCUGAAGUGUGUCCCACGAAGCGGCCGACUCUGAGGAGGCGCAGCGGGAGACCGGGGCGCCACAUACCGUCCGGCGUGUUGCAGAAGCUGGCGAACAUCUUCCGCGGGAGAAAGAGCACGGGCAGUGGCCUGGAGGAUAACAAGGAUGUGGAGGGAAGUCCUGUGAUCAGCUCCUCUGAUGCCAGCAGCGGUUCAGUGGAAAGAGUCAACGAGGCUAAUACUGCUCCGGGCGUUGAAGAUAUGUCUUCCACUACAAUGGCUAAGUCCAGAAGUAAGAGAGAUAUCGCAGCCUCCACUGAUGAGGGCGUGCGAAGCUCUGAAAUUCAGACGCCCGAUGCCCAUCCCAUAUCCACCACCGCAGAUGAUGCCAGGAAUCAUCAAAUUGAGAAUGCUUCUGGGGGAUCUCAGACAGGCUCACACGCAGCGGGUUCAUCUAUGACAGAAGCCAGUCAUUCACCUGGACAAGGCACUCGCCAGAGCAUCAUCAAAGCGCACGGCAAAAGCCUUGAUGUCAACCUGAACGCUGACAGCAGUGCUGCUGCCUCCGCGUUGAUGCCGCUUGUGUUGGCCGUCGUGGCCGCCUCUGCGAUCAUGGCGCACUGA